GGGAGACGGCGUCUCGGCGGCGUACUGGCAGCAGCUCCUCCGCGGGGGCCGGGCGGGGUCCCGGGUUCGAGCCGGAGUCCCGGGAGAAGGGCCCGCGGGGUCAGUGACAUGCAGAACCUCGAGGACACGCCGCAGCCCUCACUGUCCCCAGCGCCAUUCUCCAGAUGGGCAGACUGAGCCCGCGAGCGGCCGAGCUGACGCGGGGGAGAGCAGGACCCCCUCCCCCACCCGCACCCCUACCCAGCUGUCAAGACCAUGUUUCUGUGCCAGAGAAGAGCCGGCUCCAGGGGCAGCCUGGCGGGCGCGGCUGCCGCUCAGCCCCUGGCUGCCGGGGGAGGCCUGCGGGUGCUUCUGCACUGGGCUGGCCCCGGCGGCGGCGAGCCCUGGGUCAUGUUUGGAGAGGUUUCGCUGACUGCUGAGGAGAUCUGUGUCCGCGUCGCACACAGGAUCGGCAUCACUCCACCCUGCUUCAACCUCUUUGCCCUCUUCGAUGUCCAGGCCCAAGUCUGGCUGCCCCCAAACCAUGUCCUGGAGGUGUCCAGGGACGAGACUCUGACCCUGUAUUUCCGGAUGAGGUUUUACUUCCGGAACUGGCACGGCAUGAAUCCUCAGGAGCCGGCUGUGUACCGCUGUGGGCCCCCUGGGACCGAGGCUCCCUCAGAACGGCCAGAGCAGGGGGUCCAACUCCUGGACCCGGCCUCGUUUGAGUACCUUUUCGAGCAGGGCAAACACGAGUUUGUGAAUGACGUGGCCUCGCUGUGGGAGCUGUCCAGUGAGGAGGAGACGCACCGCUUUAAGAACGAGAGCCUGGGCAUGGCCUUCCUGCACCUGUGCCACCUGGCUCUGUGCCGCGGCGUCCCGCUGGAGGAGGUGGCCAGGAAGACCAGCUUCAAGGACUGCAUCCCGCGCUCCUUCCGCCAGCACAUCCACCAGCACAACGCGCUGACCCGGCUGCGCCUGCGCAGCGUCUUCCGCAGGUUCCUGCGCGCCUUCCAGCCCGGCCGCCUCUCGCAGCAGGCGGUCAUGGUGAAGUACCUGGCCACGCUGGAGCGCCUGGCGCCCCGCUUCGGCUCGGAGCGCACGCCCGUGUGCUGCCUGCGGCUGCUGGCCCAGGCCGACGGGGAGCCCUGCUACAUCCGGGACCACAGGCCGGCCCCCGCAGACCCCGGCCCCGAGGCCGCGCCGGGACCCCCCACCCACGAGGUGCUGGUGACAGGCACGGGUGGCAUCCAGUGGCGGCCGGUCCCGGCCGAGGGUCCCGGUGGCGGCAGAGGCAGUGGCCGGGCCAAGCUGUCGAGGAAGCAAGGCGAGGCCCACGCGGUGGGCGACCCAGCAGGGGACAGGCCGCGCGAGCCGCCCUGGGCCUACUUCUGCGACUUCCAGGACAUCACCCACAUGGUGCUGACGGAGCGCCACGUCCGAAUCCACCGGCAGGACAACCAGUGCCUGGAGCUGAGCCUGCCUUCCCGGGCCUCCGCCUUGUCCUUCGCUGCGCUGGUGGAUGGCUACUUCCGCCUGACCGCGGACUCCAGCCACUACCUGUGCCACGAGGUGGCCCCCCCACGGCUGGUGAUGAGCAUCCAGGACGGGGUCCACGGACCCCUGCUGGAGCCAUUCGUGCAGGCCAAGCUGCGGCCCGCAGACGGCCUCUACCUCAUCCACUGGAGCACCAGCCACUUCCACCGCCUCAUCCUCACCGUGGCCCAGCACGACCCGGGCCCCGGCCUGCAGAGCCUGCGUCUGCGCAGGUUCCCCAUCGAGCUCCGGGACGGGGCCUUCGUGCUGGAGGGCUGGGGUCGCUCCUUCGCCAGCGUGCGUGAGCUGCGGGCCGCCCUGCAGGGCUGCUCGCUGCGGGCGGGGGAGGACUGCUUCUUGCUAGGCCGCUGCUGCCUGCCGAAGCCUGGAGAAAUCUCAAACCUCAUUGUGACGCGGGGACCCCGGGCCAGCUCCAGGCCGCCCAACCUCAGCCAGCUCAGCUUCCACCAGGUCCGGCAGGAUGACCUCCGGCAGCUGUCACACUUGGGCCAGGGCACAAGGACCAAUGUGUAUGAGGGCUUGCUGCGAGUGGGGGGCCCUGAGGAGGCCCAGGUGGACAUUGGGGAGCCCCUGACCCCUGGUGGAGGCCAGGAGCUUCGAGUGGUGCUUAAGGUACUGGACGCCAGUCACCAUGACGUCGCCCUGGCCUUCUAUGAGACCGCCAGCCUCAUGAGCCAGGUGUCCCACAUGCAUCUGGCUUUUGUGCACGGCGUGUGUGUGCGUGGCUCGGAGAACAUCAUGGUGACCGAGUACGUGGAGCACGGGCCCCUGGAUGUGUGGCUGCGGCGGGAGAGGGGCCGGGUGCCCAUGGCCUGGAAGGUGGCGGUGGCCCAGCAGCUGGCCAGCGCCCUCAGCUACCUGGAGGACAAGAACCUGGCCCACGGUAACGUGUGCGGCCGGAACAUCCUGCUGGCCCGGCUGGGGCUGGCCGAGGGCACCAGUCCCUUCAUCAAACUCAGCGACCCCGGCGUGGGCCUGGCCGUCCUCUCCAGGGAAGAGCGGGUGGAGCGGAUCCCCUGGACGGCCCCCGAGUGCCUGCCCGCGGGGAGCAGCAACCUGAGCCCUGCGGCCGACAAGUGGGGCUUCGGCGCCACGCUGCUUGAGAUCUGCUUUGACGGCGAGGCCCCGCUGCAGGGCCACAGCCCCUCCGAGAAAGAGCGCUUCUACCAGAGGCAGCACAGGCUGCCCCAGCCCUCGUGCCCCGAGCUGGCCACGCUCACCAGCCAGUGCCUCAACUACGAGCCGGCCCAGCGCCCCUCCUUCCGCACCGUCCUGCGCGACCUCACCCGGCUGCAGCCCCAGGAUCUGGUGGACGUGGUGGCCGUGAGCCCAGACUCGCCUGCGUCUGACCCCACGGUUUUCCACAAGCGCUACUUGAAAAAGAUCCGGGAUCUGGGCGAGGGUCACUUCGGCAAGGUCAGCUUGUACUGCUACGACCCCAACAACGACGGCACCGGCGAGAUGGUGGCCGUGAAGGCCCUCAAGGCCGGCUGCGGCCCCCAGCUGCGCUCGGGCUGGAGGCGGGAGAUUGACAUCCUGCGCACGCUCUACCACCAGCACAUCGUCAAGUACAAGGGCUGCUGCGAGGACCAAGGUGAGAAGUCGGUGCAGCUUGUCAUGGAGUACGUGCCCCUGGGCAGCCUUCGGGACUACCUGCCCCGGCACAGCGUCGGGCUGGCCCAGCUGCUGCUCUUCGCCCAGCAGAUCUGCGAGGGCAUGGCCUACCUGCACGGGCAGCACUACAUCCACCGGGACCUGGCUGCACGCAACGUGCUCCUGGACCACGACAGGCUGGUCAAGAUCGGCGACUUUGGCCUUGCCAAGGCCGUGCCCGAGGGCCGCGAGUACUACUGCGUGCGCGAGGAUGGGGACAGCCCCGUGUUCUGGUACGCCCCCGAGUGCCUCAAGGACUCCAAGUUUUACUACGCGUCCGACGUCUGGUCCUUCGGCGUCACGCUCUAUGAACUGCUGACGCACUGUGACGCCAGCCAGAGCCCCCCCUCGAAAUUCCUUGAGCUCAUCGGCCUCACCCAGGGCCAGAUGGCGGUGCUGAGGCUGACGGAGCUGCUGGACCGCGGGGAGAGGCUGCCGCGGCCGGACAGGUGCCCCGGCGAGAUCUACCUUCUCAUGAAGAACUGCUGGGAGGCGGAGGCCUCGUUCCGCCCCACCUUCCAGAACCUCGUCCCCGUCCUCAAGGCCCUGCACGAGCAGUACCGAGGCCAGGCGCCCUCGGUGUUCAGCGUGUGCUGAUGCCGCCCGCGCCCCUCGCUCCGUGCCUGACCCCGCGGCCCUGGCUGCCCAGCAAAGCGGGUCGGCCGGGCUCUGCGCGCCUGGGGCUUGGGUCGGCCGGGGUCUGCGCGCCUGGGGCCUGGGGCCAGCGCUGGAACCGCCCAGCAAACCUUGGCUCAGCCCUGGACCCGUGCCGGGUACACCGAGGGCGCUCGCUAACUACUUGCUGUGGGUGCAGUUUCCGGUGGGCCGGGUAGACAGGACUCUGCCAGUUGCCCCCCCUCCGGUCCCGUGCGGCCGCAGACCACGGCUUAGCCUCUCUGGGCCUCAGUUCUGGAUGCUACCUCUUGGAGGCGCUCGUGAGGCGUCGUGUACAAAGUGCCUAGCGGGCGGACGCGCCGCCGACAAGUGCUUAGUAAACGUUUGAUAUU